CUCUUCUGCUGCCUCUCGCCUCGCGACCUCCGCUUCGUCCUCCUCCCGCAGCUGCUCCUGUUUUUGUUUUUGUCGAUUUUUGUCGCUGGAGCGAGGAUUUUUUGAGGAAUAUUUCGGGAUUUUGGGGCUAUUUUUCGGGGACUUUUUUUUUGGGGGGAGGGAGGAUUUUCGUUAUUUUCUUUUUUUUUGAGGCGCCGCCCUGAACUAAACGGGGGAGAUGGGGAGAGCGUGCGUGAGCUCCAAUGGCGACUGCUCGUGUCGGGAGGCUUAGUAGGACGACUACGAGCAGGCGGGCGCGUGCGGGGUGCUGCGUGCAUGGAGGCCAAGCCGGGGGAAGCCAGUGUUGGGCAUGCGCCUGCGCCUAUGGCGGCGGCAGCACCGGUUAUGGCGGCGCCACCACUAGAGGAGACUGUGAGCUUCCAGCAGCCGCUGCCGGCGCCGGCCGCGGCGGCGGAGAGGGGCAGCUCGAGCGCCGUCCUGGUGCCGCCUCUUGCUACGGCGGCGGGAGGCGGCGCGAUGGCGCUCGUGCCGGUGCUGAUGAAGGUGCCGAAGAAGCGAGGGAGGCCGCGCAAGUACGGGCCGGACGGGAGCCUGAUCCGCCCGCUCAACGCCACGCCGAUCUCGGCGUCCGCGCCCUUGCCGGCCGCCGUGGCGCCUGGGCACUACACGCCGGCCUCCGCGGUGGGCGCCGCCAUGAAGCGUGGCAGGGGACGGCCCCUUGACUUCGCCGCCGCCGCCGCCAAGCAGCACCAGCAGCAUCACCACCAGCUCUACCAGCAUCAGCAGCAGCAGUUCGGCUUCCACUUCGACUCCAUUGGUGAUAUGGGGGCAUGUUCAGCUGGUGCAAAUUUCACUCCACACAUAAUUACAGUCGCUCCUGGUGAGGAUGUGAUGACGAAGGUCAUAUCGUUUUCCCAACAAGGACCACGAGCUAUCUGUGUUCUCUCUGCAAAUGGUGUGAUAUCCACCGUUACACUCUGUCAGCCUGAUUCCUCUGGUGGCACGUUAACUUACGAGGGACGCUUUGAGUUGCUGUCCCUGUCUGGGUCCUUCAUGCCAACCGAAAACGGCGGGACACGAAGUCGAUCAGGUGGGAUGAGCGUGUCUCUCGCGAGUCCAGACGGUCGUGUUGUCGGUGGCGGGGUUGCCGGCCUGCUGGUGGCAGCGAGUCCUGUUCAGAUUGUGGUUGGGAGCUUCCUGCCAAGCUACCAGAUGGAGCAGAAGAACAAGAAGCCACGGGUGGACGCGGCACCUGCUGCCGCCGUCCCGCAGACGCCUCCCGCAGUCCCGAUCUCGAGCACAGACACCCGCAGCAGCGAGCAAGGGCAGCAGAGCUCCGCGUCCCAGAGAGGGGUGAACAUGACGGUCCCGGGAGGAACCUACGGCGCGGACCAGAGCUGGGUGUUGUCCCCUGCUCCGCAGCAGCCGAUGGCCGAGGUGUCCAGGACGCCGUCGUCUGGGGACCUGAAGAUGACCACGUCCGGAUCAUGAGCACUCUGAAACCCAGCCGGAGCUAGCCACCCACGCACUGACUGGGAGCCAAGGUCCCCGCUGGAAGAUGGAAGGAUGGGGUCAUGGAUUGGUUCAUUUGUUCCUGACUCUUGCUGCAAAUCUCGCACUAGGGCGGUCUAGUCUAGUUGUUGCUGUAUGAUGAGCGCGCCAGGCAGGAGGAGGGGAGUCUAACAACUGCACUUGCUGCCAUUGUCGAGGAGUGCGUGUGUGUAGUGCAGCAGCUAUUAACACCACAGUUUGAGUGUGCUAGCGGCGUGUGUUUUUAUUUAGGCGACAUUGUCGAUUAAAUUCUUGUGUCGGGAUUAUUACCUUUACCUUACGUGCUGGUUUAGUUUGGCACCCUGUAUCUGUAUCUGUAUUGGAUCAUGCCCACCCUUGGCUUAAAUCAGCAUUAGAAAAUUCUCC